UCUUUUCGUCCUUCUUCUCUUUCAACUGYAGAAGGGAGUUUCCUUGUCGAAAAUUUUUUCAACUUUUCUCCAACUUUAGCAAGCCUUUGCACCACAAUCAUGGUUUUACCAAGAGUCUAUUUCGAUAUAAGCGCUGGGGGACAAYCUCUAGGACGCAUCGUGAUGGAGCUUCGUUCCGAUGUGGUACCAAAAACUGCUGAAAACUUCCGUGCCUUGUGUACYGGAGAGAAGGGCUUUGGCUACAAGGGAUCUGUAUUCCAUCGUGUCAUUCCAGGCUUCAUGUGUCAGGGAGGUGAUUUUACCAGAGGAAACGGAACUGGCGGCAAGUCAAUCUAUGGUGAAAAAUUCGCUGAUGAGAACUUCCAACUGAAGCACACUGACAAAGGUAUUUUAUCAAUGGCCAAUGCUGGACCUAACACAAAUGGAUCCCAGUUCUUCAUCUGUACUGCUAAAACAUCUUGGCUUGACGGCAAGCAUGUAGUCUUUGGCAGUGUUGUUGAAGGAAUGGACGUAGUGAAAGAAAUCGAAAAGGUUGGGAGUCAAUCUGGAAAAACAUCCAAGAAGGUAACAAUUGAAGAUUGUGGAGAGCUUUGAUAAAAAAUUUUCCAAUGAAUAUAAUUUACACUUUGAUAACGUAAAAUUAAAAAGGCACUUUAUUUUAGAACUGACAGUUUUGAUGUCUCUGUUAACUCUGAUCUAUGUAAACAACUUUAUUUGUCAUUUAUCUUAAUAAAAAGAGUUGUCUCUA